AUGCUCUUCUGCUCCUGCACGACUGACCAUGUGCAGACCCCUCGUGAGGGAACGAGAGGAUGGUCCUGCGUUUGCGGGCUCGUCUCCGUGACGGCCCUUAGCGCCCCGCUGAAGACCACGCUGUGCCACUGUGAGGACUGCCGCAAGUGGACGGGAAGUGUUGGGCAGAUGGCGAUCUGGUACCGGAGAGAAGAUGUGAUUUGCAGUGGGCAGCUGCUGGAGUUCAAAGCCGGAUCGAGGGUGCGGAAGAGCUGCGCCAAAUGCCAUUCGCACAUCUUGACCAGCCUCCCACGGGCGGGUUUGGUUGAGGUCUGCGUGGGAUCUGCGGGGAUAUCGAUAUCUCUGAGUGCGCACUUCUUCUACGUGACACCUCUCAUCGACUUCGGGGACGAGGUGCCAAAGUUCGUCGACUUCCCAGCUUCCCUCGGGGGCUCGGGGGUUCGGGCCGAGUCCUGGGAUUUACAUCCAGAUGUCACGCAGGCUUUCCAUGGGAAGUGUCUCUGUGGAUCGGUGAUCGUAGCAGUAAGCGGAGAGCCGGAGAUGACUGCUUUCUGCCACUGCCUGGAGUGCCAAAAAUGGACUGGAAGCAGCGGCCACUUUGCAGUGAUCUUCGACGAAGCUUUGGUCCAGAUAGCCGGGGACUUGAAGACCACAAGCGAUGGCCGCAGAAACUGUGCCAAGUGCUUGGCCUGCAUUGCUUCCACCCAUUGCGCCAAAACACCUGGCCUGUUGCAAAUCUGCGGCGGUAUCUUGAACUCCCCUCCCCGACUUCAAGGCCAUUGGAACUAUGGACAGCGCGUGCUGUCCGUCAGGGACGGCAUGGCUAAGUUCAAGGACUCCCCGGCCGAGUUCGGGGGCUCCGGCGCUGUGCUGGGAGAGGAAGCUGCGCCAUACGUGGUCACCAUCCAGCGCAAGGACGAGGACCUGGGCCUUGAGCUUUCGUUCUCUGACCGGAAGUGCCGAGUCCUGAAAGUUCGACGGCGCAGUCUGAUCCACGAAUGGAACCAGAUCUGUGCCUCCGAUUCCAUGGUUUGCAUCUACGACAGACUCAUAUCCAUCAACGGUAUGAUGGCAACCGUACGCGAGGAAAGAGAACAACUUGGACGAGCGACUGGCAAAAUAGUGCUAAUCAUCGCCAAGUUCCGAUACUUCGAGUAA